AGCGUGUGCUUUAGCUUGUUAACUCAAAACCAUAACAGAGGAGAUGUUUUCCGUGUUUAAUCUGUGACGAAUCGUAAAAUACUUUGGAAAUCGAUUCGACUUUGUCCGGUCAGGUUCCCGGCAAUCUCUCUGAGCUUGUCAGACGAUUGAGAAGCAGUAAAAAGUCCGAAAAGCUGGGAUGGAGGACCCUGGUGGUACCGGAGCUGAGUCUGCGACUCCAUCAGCAGCAAGCACACCCAAGUCAAAGCUGGACACGCUCUCUAAAGAUGAUCUCAUCAAGUAUGCAAAAAAGCAGGUAGCUGCCAUGCAGAAGAUGAAGAGCAGAUGUACAGAUUUGGAAAAAGAAGUUGAAGCCCUGAAACAGCAAUCCAAAAGCAGCAACAACAGCAGUUCAGAUGACUCUUUGAUACAGGAGCUGACUGAGAGGAUGGAUGUGGUGCUGCUGGAAAAGGCGGAAACUCAGCAAAGUCUUGCAGUGUCUCGUAAAGAACUAGAGAAGACUAAACAGCAAGCCAAGGAUGAUCUGGCAGCGCUGCAAGGUGAGUUUGACCGGGCGAUAGGAGAGCACCAAAAGAAGAUCAAAGCCCUAGAGAGCAGCAUUGAGGAGUGCACCAGCAAACACCAAGAAGAGGUGUCUCAUUUCCAGAAAUUACUAAAAGAGCGAGAGGAGCGUGACAGAGAACGGGAGAGUGAAAGAGAGAGGGAGCGCCAAGCAGAUCUUGCUAGUGCAAAAGAGAGUGCAGAGGAAGUCCGACGUUGCUUAGAAGCUCAGCUGGAGACCCUUCGAGCUGAACUGCAAACAAUGCAAGAGCGAAAUUCUCAGGAGGUUCUUGAGAUCCAGGAGAACCACCAAAAGGAGUUGACACUGGCCCAGCAAGAGGUGGAGAACUUGAAGGAGGAGCUGGCUCAGAAGAGUCUGCAGCACGAAGAGGAAAUGAGGACUCUAGAAGAGGACUACGAGAUUGAGAGGGAACGUCUCUUGUUGCUCCAAGAGGAGCUAACUGAGCAGCUUGCACUCAAAGAUAGCUACCUGCAGGAUGUGCAGGAGGAAGAUGAAGAAGCUGCCCGUGGUUCGGGGAUCGCCAAAAUGCUGGAGCUGUCUGGCUGCAGUCAGGGUGACUCGAGCCAUGGUGAUGGAGAGGAGACAGAGACGGGAAGACUAAAAGCGACACUGGAUGAUGUUCAAGCCCAGAACACCAUGUUACAGGAUGAGAUGACCCUGCUUAGUAAUGUGAAGGGUGAGCUCGAGGCAGAGCUGGAGAGGGUUAAAGAAGAGUUUCAAAUAGAAAGAGAAGAACUGGAGUUCAAAAUUAAUGAGCUGCAGAUGCUCAAGGACAGUGCUUCUGCUGAAGCUUCAGUGACCCAAGAUCCUGAUCAGCAAGGUGUCCUCAGAGAAGCUGAAGAGUCUGUGACCAGUCUAGCCAAAGAGCAAAACUCUCAGAGUCCAGAGGAGGAGCAGCAGAAACUAAACCAGGAGCUGAGGACAAAAUGUGAGGCCUUAACCAAAGAGCGAGACUCUGCCCAGGCCGAGUGCCACCAUAUGAGGGGCAUACUUCAGAGUUUUGAGACAGAAUUGGGAGAGAAGACAAAUGAUUUUAUCGUACAGUACAAAGCCAUGAAGGAACAGGCAGCUAAUAAUAUACGAGACCUUAAUGAGAAGGUGGAACAGCUCAACAAGGAGAGGGAUGAACUGCUGGAGAAGGUGAGAGAAGCUACAGAUGAGAAGAAUGCUCUGAUGGGGGAUAUGCAAGACCUGAAACUGAAGCUUGAGAGCUCUCAAGGUGAAGAGCAAAUGUCUUCAGCCUGCGAAGUGAAACAGUCGUUGGAGGAUGUUACUAGGCAGAAUGAGGAGAUCAUAUCCCAGCUAGAGAUAAAGGAGAACAUGACUCAAGAUCUGAACAAAAGGGUCGAAACACUGACUGAAGAGCGAGACAAAAUGCAACACCUGCUGAAGAUCAAAGAAGAGGAAAUGCAAAAGCUCAAUAAUGAGAGAACAAAAGAAAUUGAGAGGCUACAGGAGGAGAAAGAAAAGGAGGUGCUUUUGCUAAGAGAGGAAAAAGAGACGGAGCUGAAAAGCCUGAAAACAGAAACUGAGGAUAAAGUGAAACGUUUAAACGAGGAGAGAGAAAAGUUAGAGGGAAGCCUAAAAGAGGAGUUUGUGAGAUCUGAACAGACAGUUUCCACUUUAGAGCUGACUAUAAAAGAGCUUUACACUGAAAAGUCUGAUCUCCAGCAGAAAAUGGAAGAGGCUCUCUCAAGGCUUUCCAAAGCUCAGGAAGAGAGGGAGCUCUUAGACUCUAAGCUAGCAGCCCUGGAAGCUCAGCUGAACCAGGAGACAUCUGAAAAGCAAGAACAAGAAGCAAGGCUGAAUUCAAUGAAAACAGAGGCAGAACGAAUCUCUGGUUUUCUUGGAGUAAUGGAGGAAAAUCUGGGUGAAGAACUCCAAGAGUCCAUGAGAGAAGUCAAAGACCUCCAAGCACGGGUUGAUGAGCUGGAGAAGGAGAGGGCCCUGUUGAGAAGCAGCCUUGAAGAAGCUCAAGGGGAGAGAACAUUUGAGGAGGUGCAAACAGAGCUCAAGGCCCACAUCAAAGACCUGGAACAAGAAAGAAACAUGUUGAGAACCAACAUAGAGGAGGUGGUGAAAGAUACUGAGGGUCUCCAGAAAGACCUGCAGGAUAUGAAAUCAGUCAAUGAGAAGAUCAUCGAGGAGAAUGAGAAACUGCAAGCUCAAAUUUCUCUCAUGACCAAGGAGGAGGAAGAGAGGGAGGAAAUAGUGAGAAAGGUGGAGAUCAUGGAGAAAAAGAGCAGAGAGCUCAAAGAGCAGCUGACAGAAAAGGAUUCACUCAUAUCGCAGCUGAGGACCGAAAUGGCUUCUAUCCAGUCACUCUCUCAGGAGUCUCCAGAACAGUCUGCGUCCUCUGAGGAGAAUAAAUCGAAUGAGACUGCAGAGAAAAUAGCUCUUUUGGAGAAAGAAAAAAAAGAAAAGGACGAGAAAAUGAAUAAAAUCAAGGCAGUCGCUGUCAAAGCAAAGAAGGAGCUGGAUGCCAGUAAGAAAGAGGUUAUAACCCUGAAGGAGGAAAUAGAAUCACUGAAAGCAGAGAGGGAGAAAGUGAACAGCUCUAUGAAAGAUAUCAUCCAUGGUGCUGAAGGCUACAAGAACCUGCAGAUAGAUUACGACAAGCAGACAGAGCAACUGGAUAAGGAGAGGGAGAAGGUGGAGGCGGCAGAGAGACAGAUUGCUGAGCUGACCAAACGACUCAGCAGUGCUGUCACACAGAGUGAGACACUGAGCAGUGAGAAGGAGGACCUUCUGGCUGGUAUGGAAACCAUGAGGAGCACAUUGAAACAGUUAGAGACCAAGAAUCAGGAGAUGCAAAGGCAGUCAGCAAAUUUGGAAAGAGACCUGCUGGCCGAGAGAUCAAUAAAAGAGCAAAAGAUAAAGGAUUUGUCAUCUGCCAUGAAGGAGGCAGAAGAGCUGACAGCCCAGCUCCGCAAGCAGCAGCAGCAGUCUCAGCAGACUGCCCAGGAGCUGGAGCAGCUACGCAAGGAAGCACAGCAGAGCUCUCUGUUGGACAUGGAGAUGGCCGACUAUGAACGUCUGGUUAAAGAACUCAACACCAAACUAUCAGAAAAAGAUGAGUGUGUUGAGGAGCUAAAGGGUCAGAUAAACAGCCUCAACCUGAAGGAAGAAGUGCUCAAACAGGAAAUUGAGUCUUUGAAGUCCCAGCUGGACCAGGGGGAGGAGAAAAACGCUAAGAUAAAACAGCUGCUGGUGAAGACCAAGAAGGACCUGGCUGAUGCCAAGAAACAGGAAAGCUCACUCAUGGUGCUGCAGGCCUCUCUGAAAGGAGAGCUGGAGGCUAACCAGCAGCAGCUAGAAAGCUCUAAGAUUGAGGUGUGUGACCUGACAGCCGAGCGCCAUCGCCUGCAGGAGCAGCUGAAGUCUGCGUUGGAGCAACAACAGAGAACCAGCAGCUCUCUGCAGCAACGCAUACAGAGUCUGCAGCAGGAAAGAGACACUGCCAAGGUUGAGCUUGAGGCAACAACCAAGGAGUUUGAGAGUUACAAGGUGCGAGUCCACAAUGUUCUCAAGCAGCAGAAGAGCAAGACGACCCAGAAUGAAGUAGACUCUGGCAAACUAGAGAGGGAGCAGUUGGUCUCUCAGGUGGAACAGCUGAGGACGCGACUGGUGGAGAGCCAGCAGAGUCUCCAGAGCAGCGCAGCAGAGCUGCAGCAGCUCCAAACUGAGCAUGACACUCUUCUGGAGAGACACAAUAAAAUCCUUCAGGAAACUGUAAGCAAGGAAGCUGAGCUCCGUGAGAGGCUUUUGUCAUUGCAGUCAGAGAACGUGACCCUGCGGUCAGACCUGUCCCAGGCCCAGGCUGACCUGUCUUCCCAGGUUGAGGCCCAGCGGCAGACCUACAGGGAGCAGCUAAGGAAGCUGCAGGAUGACCACCGGGCCACUGUAGAGACCCUGCAGGGCCAGCUGACUCGUGUCGAGGAGCAGCUCUUUACCCUGCAGAGCCAGAACAAUUCAGUUGCUGUCCAGUCCAGCCGUAAACCGCUGGCAUCAGAUCCACAGCGCAGAAACACUGACCAGAACCAGGCGGGUGUGGGACCAGUGGCCCUCAGCGACCUGCAGUCUAUGGCCAGGGAGGAAGGUGAGGGCAUGGAGACCACUGAGACUGAGAGCUUCUCCCCUGCUCCUACAUCCCUACCCUCUCUGGAGCAGCUUCUCACAUCUCCAGAACCCAAACAAGAGCCAUUUGUGUGGACAGUGGAGCCAACCAAAGAAGAGUUAAGUGAAAAGCUGAACACAACCACCCGCAGCAUGGAGCACAUGAACAGCCUGCUGCAUGAAACUGAGGCUACCAACGCUAUUCUCAUGGAGCAGAUCACUCUGUUGAAGAGUGAAGUUCGCCGUCUUGAGCGAAACCAGGAGAGGGAGAAGAGUGUGGCCAACCUGGAGUACCUGAAGAACGUCCUCCUGCAGUUCAUCUUCCUGCGAUCCGGCAGCGAGAGGCAGGCUCUGUUGCCCGUCAUCCACACCAUGCUGCAGCUCAGCCCAGAGGAGAAAAGCAAAUUGUCUGCCAUUGCACAAGGUGAGGAGGAGGCGUCUGGGUCUCGGAGCUCAGGCUGGACCUCCUACCUCCACAGCUGGUCUGGGAUCAGAUAAAACCGACCACAAAUCAAAGCCAAGAAAACACUGGGAGCACAAAGUCGGCGUUAUUACUGAGCCUUUAUUUUUAAUGUAAAAACCUGUCCUCAUCAUUGAAGCUGCACUUUUAAAACAGUGACAACUGGGAGGUUAACUGGGGGAACUUAAAACUUUGGUGGGAUGCAGUAGAUGGGACCAAGGAAUGUAUCAGAUAAAGAGGAGUGUACGAUUAAGAUGAAGAAAACCAAAAUAUUCAACAUGUAUAAGAAUUUGAGUUUGCAGUGCAAUAGCUACAUGGGUCUCUUACUGAUAACUGUGAUGAAUAUCUGUCUUCCUUCAGCGUGCUAUAAACAUGUAUUCCAAACAUUUACUGGACGUAAUGGUUACACAGUGAGGCAUUACAAAGCAUCAUUACUAAAAUGAAUGGGUAUAAUAAAUUAAGUGUAUGUUAUGUGAUGAUCGCAGUGUUUUUAAAUCCAAAAGGGUGCAAACUAAUUGUGAGAGGAAACCUAAUCAAGGGGAAGAAAUGUGUGCUGGUGUAUUGCUUGAUAUGAUUUAUAGAUCUUUAAUUACUUCUCAAGACAACUUUACCUGCAUUUUAUGAUGGGCUUGAUUUAGUAAAUCAAGCCCAUCAUAAAACCGUGUAAAUUUACAUUAAUGUAAACCGUGUAAAUUUUACACGGUUUACAUUUUAGCUUUUCUCAGAGGUAUACCUAAAACUUAUAGGCUGUUGAAUGUGAUUGAACUGCCUUCAUGUCAGCCAUUCUACUGGUCUCUGCU